AAACGCCCCCCCCCGGUGUCAUUCGAUAUGGGUGGGUGCUGCGAGAGCUCUCCUGAUCUCACUGGCUUCCUGGAGACAGACAUCUCCAUGCCGCUUCACCCCCAGAAACAUCAACUCUGUCCCCGUGUCACUGCUCCCUCAAGAGCCACCCUCCGCACUGAGAAGCCCUCUGCUCUCCCUCCUACAGCUCCCCUAUCCCAUACCCUCCAGCUAAGAGAAGAAGGCAGGGGCUUGGUGGAGAGCCAGGCCUCUGAGGUAAAUUACUGGUACUCAGGGAGUCCUGUGGGUCCCAGGCCCUGGCAGAUUUUGUUCUCUCACCCAGGGUUCAUCAUUAUGUGUUCCAGAAAGAUAUUUUGUGUUGCAUAUCUCCAAGCAGUGUAGAGCAACAGGCCUUAAGGGAGGUGACACUGUAGAACUGGGGACAGUGAGACAGGGCAUGAUGAGCCGAGGGCCUGCAGAAAAGGGGAGAGCUAGAAAUCAGGGCAUUGAUAAAACAAUUUCACAUUGGACACAAAUUCAAGGAAGGGAGCAAGGCAUUUAGCUAGGUGAAGGGAAAAGUUUUAAACCUGCAUUUGAAGAAGAAACUUGACUGGCUCAGAGGGAGAAAGUGCCUGGUAAACAGGCAGCAAAAACAAAAGAGCGUAAAAGCGCUUCCUCCAGUCCGCUGAAUGAAGCAGAAAGAGAGGAAGCCAAGAUUAGGGGAGUAGUGUGCGUUUAUAUGGGGAAUAAGGUGGGUGUGGACACAGAGCAGAUUGAAGAGAGAGUCAGUCAAGCAUGCCAGACGCCAAGAUGGCAGUUUUAUAAUGCAUUCAGAAAUGGAGAGGAAGCCAUGGUUGGUGAUUGAAACGGGAGGAUAGAUAGGAAGGAGCAGUUUAGGCAGAUAGUGAAGGGUGAUGUAUGACAGGGGGAAUAUUAAUAAAUAUAGUUAGUGAAGAUUUUUUCUUCUCUAGGUUCUCAACGAACAUUUAUACAAAUCAUGGUUCCAUGGUCAAUGACAUCAAAUCAAAAUGGAAAUCGGAAUCAGGUGUCCUAUGUCAUUACAAUAGAAGAGAGGUCAUAUACCCUUCUCCUGAAGCAACAAGUUUUUUUACCCAAUAAUUUCAGGGUGUAUACUUACAGCCAAGAGGGGUCUGUUCAUUCUGAUUUCCCACAUAUUAAGCGUGAUUGUUUCUACAAAGGAUAUAUUGCAGGUUUUCCAAAUUCAGUUGUGACACUCAGCACCUGUUCUGGACUUAGAGGGAUACUGCAGUUAAAGAAUGUCAGCUAUGGAAUUGAACCUUUGGACUCUACACCUGGAUUUCAGCAUCUCGUUUAUCAAAUAUGGAAUGAAAACAUCGAGAGUCUGCUUUUUGUAGAAAAUGAUUCUGUUAUAUGGAGUGAAGGGAUGACACGGAAGCUGGAUACAGGAAUAAAAUCAAAACAGAGUUUCAUCAGAUACUCCAGAUAUCUGGAAAUGCAUGUGAUUUUGGACAAGGCUCUGGAAUGUGUAUGGGAUCCGUGUUGCCAACGCACCUGUAAAUUUAGACGAGACAUCAAAUGUAUCACUGGAGAUUGUUGUUGGAAAUGUAGGUUUGUGCGAAAUGGUACAUUAUGUCGAAGCACUAGUGAAGAUGAGUGUGAUCUAAUAGAGUAUUGCAAUGGUUCCUCUGCACACUGUACACCUGAUUUCUGGGUCAUGGAUGGACACCCAUGCAACCGUAACACAGCCUAUUGUUUCAAAGGAGUUUGCCAAACUGCUGAUAAACAGUGUAAAAAACUCUUUGGUAAAGCUUCAAAAAGUGGCUCUCUCGCAUGUUAUGAAGAAAUUAAUGGUCAAAAGGAUAGGAUGGGACACUGCGGCUCCAAUCGGGACGGUUACCAGGCUUGCGAAUGGAAAGAUCUCCAGUGUGGGAAGUUAGUUUGUCAAUAUCCAAGUCAUAGACCAUUCAUUAAGGAAAAGGCUGCUGUCAUUUAUGCUAGGGUGCAGAAUUCCUUAUGCAUAACUUUAGAUUAUAUGAAGGGGCCUCGAGUGAAGGAUCCAAUGUUGGUGAAGGAUGGUACUCUCUGUGGUAAGCAAAAGAUUUGUAUGAACCAGAAAUGUGGAGAUGCUGCUGUCCUGAAAUAUAAUUGUGAUGUAAAGAAAAAAUGUAAUGACCAUGGAGUGUGCAACAACAGAGGAAAUUGUCACUGUAGGUCUGGCUGGCUGCCACCAGAUUGCAAAAUUUCAUCAAAAGGAUAUGGAGGGAGUAUUGACAGUAUUUUCAAAAGUGAUGCAAUCACUGACAGACUUCACCGGAACACUUUGAAGAACUGGCUUCUGCUAAGUUUCUGUCUCUUUCUGCCUGUCCUUGUUUGUUCUGUCGUCAUGAUUAUAAAACGAAAUGAAUUGAAUAGAUGCUGCACUAAGGAAGAAUCACAAGUUGAUGAAUAACAGGCUAUACAGCCUGAAAGACUCUGACACUCUCAAGUCCUUGGACCUGCAUACCCCCUCCACGCAGCAGAGACACUUCCGCCCACAACCUCCUCAGAGAUUCCAGCAGCAGAACCGACAGGACGGUUCUCGGAGGAGGAACAGGAGUGGCAGGAGGAGGCAACACCCAUCCUCGAGCCAGGGCUCUGGCCAGCCCAAACCGCCCUCUGGCCCUAAACCAGCCUUUUGAAGGUGCGGUCGAGGACGGUGCACCAGAUCAUGAACUGGAUCUAACCUGCCUUACCUUUUCCUCCCGACUAUCCCCUUUCUACCAUGCAUAGUCCCGUAUCAUCUUGGACCGCUGGGUGCUUUGCACAGUAGAGCGGGGAUACUCCAUCAAAUUCUGUGCCCUCCUGCAGUUCCAGCCCCCUUCCCCGUCCCUCUUCAGGGACCUUCUCACAAGCAACCUCUCAUACAGGCGGUGCAGUUGCUCCUGUCAGUAGGGGCAGUGGAGGAGGUUCCUCUGGAGCACAGGGGUGAGAGUUUCUAUUCCGGUAUUUCCUAAUACUGAAAGCCAAAGGCGACCUCAGGCCUAUCCUGGACCUGCAAGAGCUCAACAAGUUUGUGAAGAAACUCAAGUUCCGCAUGGUCUCCUUGGCCUCCAUCGACUUGAAGGACGCAUAUUUUCACAUUGCAAUCUCUCAACCACAGGAAGUUCCUCAGGUUUGUGGUCAAUGGUUUCCCACUACCAAUUUACUGUCCUCCCGUUCGGCCUGUCAGCAGCACCUCAAGUAUUCACCAAGUGCAAAGCAGUCGUCGCCGCGUUCUUGCGGAGGCAUCAGGUACAGGUGUUUCCUCCAGGAUCCAAGUGGAAACUCAGGUCGUAUUUAUCAGAGCUACCUUUGAGAACCUGGGUCUGCUCCUAAACGAAGCAAAAUCGACUGUCUCCCCAUCCAGAGGAUAGAGUUCAUAGGGGCAGUACUGGACUUGACCCAAGCCAGGGCAUUCCUCCCACAGGUGAGGUUUCAAGCCCUCAACAACAUGAUCCGGGGAGUCAUGCAGUUUCCCACCAGUACGAGAAACUGCCUGAAGCUUCUCUGGCACAUGGCAGCCUGUACAUACGGGGUAUGACAUGCCAGACUCAGGCUUCGGCCGCUCCAGUCGUGGCUAGCAUCAAUUUAUCACCCAGCCCGGGACAACUUGGACAGGAUCGUGACCCUGCCUCGCCCUAUCCUCGAUUCGCUCUGGUGUAUCGAUGGCCAGCAGGUGUGCUCAGGGGUUCCCUUUGCUGCCCCACAGCCAUCCCUGUUGUUGGUGACGGACACAUUGGACUUGGGCUGGGGAGCUCAUUUCGGGGACUGCAGAAAUCAAGGCCUCUGGUUGCAAGCAGAUCUGCGUUUCCACAUCAGUGUCAAAGAGCUCAGAGUGGUGUGCCUGGCAUGUCAAACAUUCCGCCCUUACCUAAUCGGACAAUGUAUAUCAGUCAUGACGGACAAUACGACUGCAAUGUUCUAUAUCAACAAACAGGGGUGCACGCUCCUCUCCCAUGUGCCAGGAAGCCCUUAUGCUCUGGGACUUCCGUGUAGAACAUUCAAUCCACCUACAGGCGUUGUACCUCCCCGGGAUUCAGAAUGAGCUAGCAGACCACCUCAGCAGGUCGUUCCACAGCCACGAGUGGUCCCUUCGCCCAGACGUUGCAAAUUCAAUCUUCCAGAGGUGGGGCUUUCCCCUGAUGGAUUCGCCAUGCGACGCAACAGGAAGUGCCAGCAGUUCUGCUCCUUCCAGAAUCACAGCACGGGUUCCACCACGGAUGCGUUCCUCUUCCAUUGGGGAGGGGCUCUCCUAUACGCCUUCCCACCGAUACCGCUCGUUCACAAGGUCCUGCUCAAAAUCCGCAGAGAUCGUGCUCAGGUCAUACUGAUAGCACCAGCCUGGCCCCGUCAGCACUGGUACACUUCCCUCCUAAACAUGUCGGUAGAAGCCCCGAUUACCUUGCCGCUCUCCCUGGACCUUCUCACACAAGAUCACAGAUGUUUCCAACACCCAAACCUACAGUCGCUCCAUCUUACAGCAUGGAAGCUCCAUGGUUGAAUCUGUCAGAACUUUCCUGUUCAGACCAGGUCAGACAGGUCCUCCUUGGCAGUAAGAAACCCUCGACGAGGGCCACGUACCUUGCGAAGUGGAAGAGAUUUUCAGAUUGGAAAAGCGCAGCGCGACUUGCCCUCGACGCUAGCCUUGGUGCCGCACAUUCUAGACUACCUUCUACAUCUGAAGCAGGAAGGUCUCUUGUUGCCUUCUAUAAGAGUGCACUUGGCUGCCAUCUCGGCCUUCCACCCGGGCAUACAGGGCCACUUGGUUUUCGAAAACCCUAUGAUUGGCCGAUUGCUAAAGGGGCUCAACAGGUUGUACCCUCAUGUCUGUCAACCAGUCCCUGCCUGGGACCUCAACUUGGUCCUCUCUAAGCUCAUGGGGCGGGGGGGGGGGGGCCCUUUGAGCUUUAGCAACAUGCUCUCUGCUCUCUCCUACAAGGUUGCGUACCUGGUGGCAAUAACUUCAGCCAGGAGGGUGUCUGAGCUCAGGGCCCUGACUUCAGACCCGCCCUACAACAUGUUCUGUAGGCUUGCACAGGCUUCAUUGAUGGCAUUCCUGGCUAAAGUUCCCACCCAGGAAAUCUGCGGAGCGACGACGUAGUCUUCUGUACACACUUUUGCUGCGCAUUGUGCAAUCACCCGGCAGGCCAGAGAUGAUGCGGCCUUCAGAAGAGCAGCACUCCAACCAGUGGACAGCUCCAACCCCACCUCCUAAAUUUGGCUUGGGAGUCACCUGAUUUGGAAUGGACAUGAACAAGCACUCAAAGAAGAAAAAACGGUAACUCACUUCUCGUAACUGUUCUUCGAGAUGUGGUGUUCAUGUCCAUUCCAAUACCCACGCUCCUACCCCCGUCGGAAUAGCCAGCAAGAAGGAACGGAAGGGGUGGCGGGUCGGCAAGGCUCUAUAUUGGGCACCAUGAUGGCACGACUCCAGGAGGCGCCCAGGCCGACCUCCGAUGGAUGCUGCUAGGGGAAAAAUCUUUUGGCCAACGUGCACGUGCUCACGCACGCACCUGAUUGGAAUGGACAUGAACAACACAUCUCAAAGAACAACAGUUGCGAGAAGUGAGUAACUGUUUUUUAUUCCUCCAUAAGAUCUACCAAACCAUCAAUGAAAGUAAACUUCUGUCUCACCACACUAGCUAACAAGAAAUCAGGAAAGCAGUUUCCUUAGGCAUUCCAGUCCUUGCAUC